UUUUUUUUCAUAAGUUCACAAGGUGUCAAUUUUUUUUGUGACUGCUACAGAGGUCUCGUGAACCAACUGGGACCCCAACUGUAUCUCGAUGGUAUUUUUCAUUCCUUACCAACUAAAAAACAAACCCACUAUGUUGAAAAGAGAAAAGAUACAGACAAGCAAAGUAAGCAUUAUACCUUUAUAAUUAAUACUGCUUCUGCUUAUCUGUCCCAAAAACUUUCUCGUUUUCUUGUCCCUGUCUGGUCGUAGUAAGAAGAUGAGUGAAGUUACUGUUGCUAGUUAGCAGCUCACUGGUCUCUGCAUGAAUGACAUAAAGAGGACUUGGCCACUCCCCUUAUAAAUUAACGUCACAGAGUUCUGAAUAUCAUGUCUCAGCUUCCCACUAAACUAGAAGAAUCCCAGAAUAUAUUUUAGCCUUUCUAACUAUAGAAAGCCAAGCAAAUGACUGAAAUUCUCUAUUUUACAAACUGAGAAUUCAUAUGGUUGUUUCUGAUCUUGAAUAACUGAACUUUACAGGAGUCCAAAACAUGAUGAAUAUCAGAAUAUCUUGGGUUUGGAUUGUAGCCCUCUUUCUUGGUUUCACAUUCCAUAACCUUUCGACUUCACAGGCAAAGAGUACUAGGCAUAGGCAUCACCCAACUGCAGUUGUUGAGGGAACUGUUUUCUGUGAUACCUGCUUCCAGCAGCAAUUCUCAGGGGCUAGUCACUUCAUUUCAGGUGCUACUGUUGCUGUAGAAUGUGUAGACUCAGUCAGAAGAUCAAGUUUUUACAAGGAGGUGAAAACCAAUGAGCAUGGGAAAUUCAGUGUAGACCUUCCUAUCUCGGUGAGCAAACAUAUCAGGAAAAUCAAGGGAUGUUCUGUGAAGCUGAUUAAGAGCAGCGAGCCGUAUUGUGCUGUGGCGUCGACAGCAACUUCAUCUUCUCUUCAUCUCAAGUCGAGAAAACAAGGGACUCACAUCUUCUCUGCUGGUUUCUUCACUUUCAAACCUCUCAACCAGCCAGAUCUGUGUAGCCAAAAGCCAAGCAUCCAAAAUUCAAAAAAGAAAUCAACAGAUCCUCAAAAGUCUGCUAUUUCAAAUCCCAAUGAUCCUACAUUUUACCCACCAAUUCAAGAUCCACCAGCGCCAGGUACUUUACUUCCACCUAUUCCUAUGCUACCUCCUUUGCCAUUGCUCCCUCCUUUGCCAGAUCUUCCAGGACUUCCGAUAUCACCAGUGCCUAAAGACUCUAGCAAACACUACUCUCAAUCAGAAGCUGCAGCUAAGCCAAGUUUUUUCAAUCCAAUAGGAGGAGGACUUCCCUUGCCUCCGAAUCCAAUUCUUCCGCCACCUUCAAUCCUUCCUCCAAACCCAUUUCAACCUCCACCUUCCAUUAUUCCUCCUAUCAUCCCCUCUCCUCCUCCUUCCAUAUUUCCUCCCUUAUUCCCUUCUCCUCCACCUUCAAUAAUUCCUCCAGUAAUCCCUUCACCUCCACGUCCUCCACCUUCACUAUUUCCUCCAUUUAUCCCACCACUCAUACCUGGUUUAACUCCAUCUCCCCCACCACCGCCCCCUUCUCUAUUCCCACCUCUCCCUCCACUCUUCCCACCGAUACCUGGUUUCCCUGGUGUUCCUCCAGCUUCCACUUCUUCAUCUAUGCAAAAGAAGAACCCCUCUCCUUAGUCAAAAGUACAGUUACACAAACACCAGCAAUAUAGCUUGGCAACUACUUCUUCCUUACGCCUCAGUGUACUUCUCCAAUAAACCGACUCCACUGUGGUUUACUACCUUCUUUAUUUCUUAAUUUCUAUUUACCUUUGUAAUUUUUAUCCUCUGUUUCAUCUUGUUUUGUUUUGUUAGACAUAUUAGAUAGGAAAUCAAGUGAUUGUAUGAUAUGUAAGCUACUUCAAUAAAAGCUAAACUUAUCGGUGA